AGAGGAAGAAGAGGAAGACCCUCGUUCUGCCUCCGGGGACCCCCGGGGACCCCCGGCAAGAAAGGAGGAACGGGGGAAGAAGGCUUGCCUGGCCGGAAGGGAGAAAAAGGAGAACCAGGACUUUCUGCAGAAGACGUGAAGGUCAUGGUCAGGGCCGAGCUGAGCAGGAAGGACGUUUGUGACGAGAAAAGCAUCCGUGCCGCCCAACGGCGGGCAGAAUCCGCUGCCAGUUCCUGGGCAGAGGUCCACCAGAUGUCAGGGGAGGCCCCCAUGUCCAAAGGUCCAGCAGGAGACCCCCUGGGCAAAACCACAGAACGGGACCAGAAAGGUCCCUGCGCCUUGCCGAUGGACGAGGGCGCCUGCCUGCAGUAUGUGGUGGUGUGGUAUUUCCACCCAGAAACGGACUCGUGCCGACCCUUUAUCUACGGAGGCUGCGGCGGCAACGGGAACCGGUUCCCCUCGAAGCAAGAGUGUGAGCGGAGGUGCAAGGGGGGAAAAGGAAGGUGACCGUCUGCAGAGCAAACAGGCAGCCUGGGGAAGGGCAAAGAUAAGUCCUCUCCUGCACU